GCAAUGUCCUCAUGCUGGCGCGCCCGCCCAUCCCGUGCCACCCCCGCAUUGGCUCUUUGCCUGGCCUCUCCCAAUCCCUGGCAAGCGCCGAUUGGCUCCGUGUCGGCCGCGGCGCUGCGAUUGGCCAUCUGACCCUCUGGUGAGGAGUGAAGCGGCCGAGCGGUGGAGGGGGCGCGGCAGACGCCAAGGGGGCCGGGAUCGUUUAGGGGUCGUCGCCAUGUCUGAGGCCGCGUUCCAGAAGGCCGCUGAGGAGGUGAAGCAGCUCAAGUCGCAGCCUACGGACCAAGAGAUGCUGGACGUUUACAGCCACUACAAACAGGCCACAGUGGGCGACGUGAACACGGACCGCCCUGGUAUGCUGGACUUCAAAGGCAAAGCAAAGUGGGAUGCCUGGAAUGCACUGAAAGGAAUGUCCAAAGAAGACGCGAUGAAAGCUUACAUAGCAAAAGUGGAAGAACUAAAGGGCAAAUAUGGUAUCUGAGGAGUGGAUGUAGUAGCCACUUGCAUACCUGAAUCAUGCCUUAUUUCUAAUAAUGUGGAAAACUGUUUUCUGAUAAUGGUUUUAAAUACCUAGAUUAUUGUAAUCACUUCUCCUCAUGCCUGUAGCCCAGGGAAAGCUGUGUACCUGCCUAAUAUACUGACACAUUAUGAAUUCCUUCUGGGAAUAAGAUCUGGAACUCAUUAAAGUGCAUUUGGUACUUA